ACCUUAGGCACGCGCUCAUUCAUUCACUCUCAUUCUCUCUCUCCAUACGACCUUUUUGAUCUUUCGUUUUCACCUCUGUAAGUUAGAGAAAGACAAUCUCUCUCUUUUUUUCUUUUUUUUUUCCUUUUUUGUUGGUUCUGGCUCUGCAGAGCUGUUUGGCCCGCCAUUGAAGCGCUCCGACGGAGCUCCCGGAAACAGAUGCAGGUCCAAUGAAAAAAAAUUGAGUUUAAUUCAUGCAUUGCUCUUGGCCGGGGCAUGCUAAUAUGAAUGACGAAAAUACAAAUGUUGCAAAUUUUGAAGAGUCUGGUGUCCGGGUCACACGAGCGCGGGCUAGAGCCUUGGGAACAUCUGGUGGGGUGCUCCCCCCAUUGAAACCUUCACAAGACCAGAAGCGUGCUCUUCGAGCAAAGUCUAAAAGGGCGAAUUUGGAUGAAAACAAAGCUUCAAUGGUUGCCCCUGCUAGCUUCCAGCAUAAAAGAAGGGCAGUACUUAAGGAUGUUACCAACAUUUCUUGUGAAAAUUCCAAUUUCAACAAUAUCAGUGCAUGUAAAGUUCAGACUACAAGAGGAGAUCUGAAGAAUGUAAAGGUGGCCUCAAAUGAUUCUGGAGACAUGCUACCCGUUCAGGAGGAUGCAAAAACAGAGUUAGCUGAGGAACUAUCCAGAAUAAAGGUGGCAGAAUCAGAGGAUUUCACUAAGGCAGUAAAGUUAGAGAAAGAUGAGCAAGUACCGAACUUCAGACAAUACGGUGUUCAAAAUAAGACGUUUCCCAUGCAAGCUCUCACAAAAUGUGAUGGUCUUCGAUGCUCCCAAAGAAAAGAAGAAGAUGAGGUUUUGGAUAAAACAACUGCUUCAAAAGAACCAGAAGUUGUUGACAUAGACUCAGACGUAAAGGAUCCUCAAGCCUGUAGCUUGUAUGGUCCCUAUAUAUAUAAUAACAGACGCAUUACAGAGCUAGAGCGAAGGCCAAAUAUUAAUUAUAUGGAGGAGUUGCAGAAGGAUAUCACUCCAAAUAUGCGGGCAAUUUUGAUUGAUUGGCUUGUUGAGGUUUCUGAAGAGUAUAAGCUGGUUCCGGAUACUCUUUACCUCACAAUAAAUCUGAUAGAUCGGUUUCUCUCUCACAAUUAUAUUGAAAAACAGAGACUGCAACUGCUUGGUGUUUCUUGCAUGUUGAUUGCAUCAAAGUACGAAGAAAUCUGUGCGCCACGAGCAGAAGAGUUUUGCUUCAUCACAGACAGUACCUACACAAGAGGAGAGGUAUUGAAGAUGGAGAGUGAAGUUUUGAACUUGUUGCACUUUCACUUAUCUGUGCCCACGACAAAAACAUUUCUAAGGAGAUUCAUUCUAGCAGCUCAAUCUUCGUACGAGGUCCCUUGUGUUGAAUUGCAGUUUAUGGCAAAUUACUUAGCGGAGUUAACUCUUGUUGAUUACAGCUUCCUUAAGUUUUUACCUUCGCUCAUAGCUGCCUCUGCUGUGUUCCUCGCUAGAUGGACACUCAAUCAGUCAGACCACCCAUGGAACUCUACUUUAGAGCACUAUACCAGUUACAAGACGUCAGAGCUGAAAGAUACAGUUCUUGCUAUGGAAGACUUGCAACUAAACACCAGAGGCUGCCCUCUUAAUGCAAUAAGAGAAAAAUACAGACAACAUAGGUUCAAUUGUGUGGCGACUUUGAGCUCAACAAAAUCAGUGGUAUCACUUUUUUCAAGUUGAGACUGAUUGAAGAAGGUUUAUUACUGAUUUGGAACUGGGUAUGGAACUUGGAAGGUGAUCAUCUAGAUCUCCGAAACGGGAAAAAAUUUUAACUUUUUUUUUUCUCCUUAAUUCUAACGUAAUUGUUGUUACUUGUGUUCUGUUGUAAGUUUGUAACGUCUUAUCUGAGUUAUGAGUCAGAGUCUGGUGCUUCCAGAUAAUAAUCCCUGAUCUUCCCUUGUAACCUCAAUUUUAGGAGCAUAACACAUUGAAAAGACACUAAACCAUAUAUUUGCCUUGUGGCUUAAUAAUUUUCUUCAAGCUUAGUUGCACAUGGAAAUUUUGGUACCAACGGAGAUUUUAUGUGCACAGGUUUGCCACAGGAAUUGUAGUAUCA